AUGGAACGGGCGGAAAGUACCAAAACGUACGGCCAAGCCGAGGGCAAAGCUAUUGGCAUGGCAGCCAAGAGGGGCAAGUCGGGGGUGCCCCAGAGUGCCCAGCGAGGGGAACUGAGGGUGUACCGUGCAGGUAGUUCUGAGGGGAGGCUGCCAGUGUCCUCCAACCUCCGCAAGCAGAGGUCCCUGACCAACCUGGCCGUGCUCACCGAUGCAGAGAAGAAGAUGCACCUCUACGAGCCUAAGUGGUGUGAUGAUAUGGCCAAGACUGGAGCAGGGCACCUAAAGACGGGCAAGCCCAAGCUGGCAGGAGGGGGUGGCAGUGGCAGUGGCGGAGGAGGGGGCGCGCCACUCUCACGCAACCUCUCCAAGUCAGAGCAUUCUCUCUUCCAGGGCAAACCCAAACCCUUCAGCCCACUGGCGGCUCCUUCUGGCCUAGUCAGACCCGGUCAGAGCCGGAUCCCCAGGGGGCCCUAUGCAGAGGUGAAGCCCCUGAGUAAGGCCCCUGAGGAUGGCAAAUCUGAUGAUGAGAUCCUCUCCAGCAAGGCCAAGGCUGCCAACAAGAAGCAGGUGACGGGAGCUUCUGGGGAGGCAGGGGCCAAGGGCCAAGGGGAUGGGAGCCAGUCCUUCCUCAAGGUGGAUCCAGAGCUGGUAGUGACUGUCCUGGGUGACCUGGAGCAGCUUCUCUUCAGCCAGAUGCUGGGUGAGUAAAACCAAGCAGAACCUUUUCCCUGCCUGUCGAGCCUGUUGCUUUCUACAGCACAACAAAUAAAAACGCCCCUCUCUCCUCUCGACGCCUCGCGCCGUCAGCACGCCCCCUUACUACAGCUGUCGCUAACACCUGCUUGCUGCUGCAGACUUCAUUGUCCCUUACUGGAGCUAAUCUGGCCCAGCAUCGAUUGAGAAAAAGCCUCUAUGGUUUUUAUACCGUCUCUCAGUGUUCACAACGCAUGCAUUUGAAAAGCUUUCUCUUGAAUGCUGCCCCAGCUUUGGCAUUUUGAUUUAAAGUUGUUUCCACAUUAUUGUGAAGCAGGGGUUUUGAUCAGUCAUGACUGGUGGUGGUGGAGAAUACCUCCAUUGUUUGCAAUGCAUUUAGGUUAUUGUUUUUAAUAUCCUCUGGCAUGGGAAGCAUGAUGUCAUUGAUUGUGUGUAUACGGUUGUUUCCUAUAGCACUAGGGCUGGGAAUUGCCAGUAAAUCGAUGCUUGGAGUCAAAGUAUCAAUAUAAUAUAGUCCAAAUAAUAUUACGAUAUAUAACUGUGUCGAUUUUUCCCCCAUCACUAUAUAGCACUGGCUAUUCAAUGGCAUGAAAGAAAAAAAGAAAACCUGGGGCUAGUCAGUGGCACACUGAUCUCUAUUCCAUCUCAGCUCUAGUCUGCUGCAGUGGGUCUACUAACCAGCUAUGCCCUCAGUGAUUCUGUAGCCCUCUGUAUGCUCCAUGCAGGGAUAUCUGUGAAUAGUUCCAGAAAAUAGGAGCUGGGAAAUAAACCAAGCCAUAUUUAAUUCAUUUUCAGCCCACUGUGAGACACAUAUUUAGCCUCCUCCCAGCCCCAUUCAUCCGUGGCCAUUGACAGAUGGUGCCCACACUGUCUGCAACGGGAAAGAAAAUGGCCAUGGCUGGGCCUCUCUCUCUCUCUCUCUCUCUCUCUCUCUCUCUCUCUCUCUCUCUCUCUCUCUCUCUCUCUCUCUCUCUCUCUCUCUCUCUCUCUCUCUCUCCUGUAGGUAUCUCAGUAGAACGACAACCUCUUUGUUUACAACCAGGUGGAUAAAGAUUGUAUAAUGUGUAGAUAUCAUUGACUAAACACAGCACAUUUUGAACAGAAUAGCUCUCUUUUUCUGAUACAUACAGUACAGCGUCAUUUUUCUGUCAGGUUUUAUACUGACAAGUGAUAUAGGUUGAUAACUGUAUUGCCUACUGUGCUUUUUUAUUGGCCUCUGUCUAUGCAUGUCAUUAUCCCAAUUGAGUGCGUUAGAUUAGUGUGUUGGGUUAAUUGGCUUUGACCUUGAUCAGAAACAACAGCACAGAUUAGGACCAAGAACCAAAUAUCCCACCCAAACCUUGUCUUUCUCUGACGGUCAUACAUGGCUGGCAUUCAUCCCACUGUACUUCAGUUUGUGCAUCAGCUGCUGAAUCAGUGACCUCAAUUUCAAUUGUGUCCAACCCCUGGCUCUAUUAAAUUGCCAAUUUCAAGUCCCAGACCCAUUUUGGGGGUCUGUUUCUCUGCAGGCUUCUGAAAGGGUCAGCUCUUCUCUGGUCCACUCUAACAAAAACAUGUUGUGAUGGACCGUAAUUGAAGAUGGGACUGGAUGGUUUUAGAUUAUAAGGCCGCUACUUUGACUGUAUCUGGAGAUUGCUCCCAGUGGGUUAAAGGCUAAUGAUAGUGAGCUCUGCCCUGAAUCAUAGAGCCCAGAGACUGAUUUAAACAACACAGCUCUGUCACAAAUAAUCUUAUGUUGUUUAGUAUCUGUUAAUUGAUAUACUAUUUCAAUUUGCACCUGAAGGGCCGUUAUUGGCAUCAAAAGGUUUUAUGAACAAGCCAGUCAAUGAGCAUUCCAGCUAGCCAAUAUAGAGGUAGCCUAUAUUUUGUUGACAUACCAGCUAGCCAAGUUAGAGACAUAUUUUGUUAAUGGACACAUUUUUACUGAUCUCAUUUGUUCUCCUUAUUAGUUCAUAUGGACGGGACGUCGACCCCUCGUGUUCGUCGGGUUUAGAGACAAGUAAACAGUAUCAGUCAACAAUCACAUUGUGAUCAUUUACAGUCCAUUGUGUGUGUGUGUAUGUGUGUUUACUAGUGAUGGGGGUAACAUUGAUACAGUUACGUAUCACAAUAUUAUUUUGGGACAAAUCAUAUAAUUUAGAUACUUUGAAACCAAGUAUCAAUUUCUUUAAAAUACAUUUUUUAAAUACCUUUGCUAUGUAGCGUUAACUAGCGCUAGUCGGCUGUGCCUGCACCAAAACUCUGGUAUUUUUCAUCCUAUAGCUUGUUAUCCAUAUUCUUUUUAAAUAGUGAGCCAACAUGUUUUCAGCACUUUUAUUUCCGUGACUGAUUAACAACAACAAAAAUCUCAUGCUCUCUCUUGUCUCUCUGCAGCAGACAUAUAGUGAGCAAUAUGUUUGGAGCAUCAAAUCGUAAUAAAAUCGCAGUGUCUAAUGGUAAUACAUAUAGAAUCGUGAGAAUCGCAAUACAUAUCGUAUCAUAUCGUGAGGUCCCUGGCAAUUCCCAGCCCUAGUGUUUACAUGAUUUCAAUUGGUUGCGUAGGAACCACUAGAGACAUUUUCUGAAAUGUUCUUAAUUCUUAUCCUCCUAGAUUUAUUAAGGAAUAGAGAUUUUAAGUGUCCCAUUAUUUUAAAAUGAGGAAAUCUCAAUUAAAACAUCUGCUUAAUGAAUUAUUUAUUAUUAUACAUAAUAAUCCCUCAUGAAACAACAUUGCAAUGAGUGAACAGCUUUGUUUUAUGAAUGCAAAUAUUGCCAGAAAACCAGGCAGAACUUCAAACAGUAUAAGGAAUAAUAUGAGUCAUGACUCGCCUCCCCACUGCCUUAUAAAACAGCCAAUGAGAGCAAAUAUUAACUCACGCACGCACACACACACACACACACACACACACACACACACACACACACAUACCAGACUAUUUAUCUUUGUGGAACUCGGAAUAAAAAUCUUCAGGCGAUUGCCUCUGCAAAUGUACAGUAAAGGGCAACUUGACCAAAAUGUCAACAAAUAAAUGUGUGUUUGCAGGAGUAAUUUUCUUAAUUGACGUACAGUAGGCCUAACAGACAGCCCAUAUAGAGGCGAAUCGUCUGUGAGUAGCAAGGCUCAAGCCACGCCCACCUGAAAAUACAGCUCUGUUUAGCUUUCAUUUGGCUGUGUUUGAGAAGUGAAUAAUCAAUUUGUUAACUAAUUGUCACUUCACCGAUUGCUUUCAUAAUAGAAACUGACAAUAUAUACGAUUACCUGUGCAAAGCACAUUUUCUCCUGGACUUUACUAUCGGGGAAAAGUGUUUAAACGUUGUCUCAAAAGAAUGGGGGUAUCGUCGGAAAUCGUAGACAUGGGACUAAAAGGUUUUGACCCACCUGUUUAUCAAAGUUGAUAUAUCAAUGGGGAUUAAACACACUUACAUGGCAACUACAUGACGAGAGAAUUAAAAACGGUCUACUUAUGUACAGUAAGUGUUCCCCUUCGUGGAAUAGAAAAAAUGGUUGAUGUUUGAAUAGAUCAUGUAAACAAAGUCGCCACUCAGAAAAGAAAGCAGCCAAAUGUCUGUAUUCCAUUGAUUUUCUGUCUCUCAUUAUACAAUUGUUUAUGUGCCAUAAUACAGUCAAUAUACAGUACCAGUCAACAGUUUGGACACACCUACUCAUUCAAGGGUUUAUCUUUAUUUUUACUAUUUUCUAUAUUGUAGAAUAAUAGUGAAGACAUCAAAACUAUGAAAUAACACAUAUGGAAUCAUGUAGUAACCAACAAAGUGUUUGCCUUUAUGACAGCUUUGCACACUCUUGGCAUUCUCUCAACCAGCUUCAAUUGGAAUGCUUUUCCAACAGUCUUGAAGGAGUUCCCACAUAUGCUGAGCACUUGUUGGCUGCUUUUCCUUCACUCUGCCCUCCGACUCAUCCCAAACCAUCACAAUUGGGUUGAGGUCGGGGGAUUGUGGAGGCCAGGUCAUCUGAUGCAGCACUCCAGCACUCUCUUUCUUGGUAAAAUAGCCCUUACACAGCCUGGAGGUGUGUUGGGUCAUUGUCCUGUUACAAAACAAAUGAUAUUCCCACUAAGCCCAAACCAGAUGGGAUGGCGUAUCACUUCAGAAUGCUGUGGUAGCCAUGCUGGUUAAGUGUAACACCUCCUCCUCCAUGCUUUACAGUGGGAACUACACACCAAAGGACAAAUUUACACCGGUCUAAUGUACAUUGCUCGUGUUUCUUGGCCCAAGCAGGUCUCUUCUUCUUAUUGGUGUCCUUUAGUAGUGGUUUCUUUGCAUCAAUUUGACCAUGAAGGCCUGAUUCACACAGUCCUCUCUGAACAGUUGAUGUUGAGAUGUGUCUGUGACUUGAACUCUGUUAUGUAUUUAUUUGGGCUGCAAUUUCUGAGGCUGGUAACUCUAAUGAACUUAUCCUCUGCAGCAGAGGUAACUCUGGGUCUUCCAUUCCUGUGGCAGUCCUCAUGAGAGCCAGUUUCAUCAUAGCGCUGCACUUGAAAACAUUCAAAGUUCUUGAAAUGUUCUGUAUUGACUGACCUCCAUGUCUUAAAGUAAUGAUGGACUGUCGUUUCUCUUUGCUUAUUUGAGCUGUUCUUGCCAUAAUAUGGACUUAGCCCUAUUUGGUAAAAUACUAUCUUCUGUAUACCCCCCUACCUUGUCACAACACAACUGAUUGGCUCAAACACAUUAAGAAGGAAAGAAAUUCCACAAAUUAACUUUUAAGAAGGCACACCUGUUAAUUGAAAUGCAUUCCAGGUGACUACCUCAUGAAGCUGGUUGAGAGAAAGCCAAGAGUGUGCAAAGCUGUCAUCAAUUCAUAGGGUGGCAGUAUAUAAUUAUAUUUGUUUAACACUUUUUUGGUUACUACAUGAUUCCAUAUGUGUUAUUUCAUAGUUUUGAUGUCUUCACUAUUAUUCUACAAUGUAAAAAAUAGUAAAAAUAAAGAAAAACCCUUGAAUGAGUAGGUUUGUCCAAACUUUUGACAGGUAGUGUAUAUAUAUAUAUAUAUAUAUAUAUAUAUAUAUAUAUUUUUUUUUUUAAUAGUUAUCUUACUCCAGUAUGCGGCUGUUACAUUUAUCAGAACUGUAUUUUAUUACAGAACAUGCUUUUGUGUCAGUCUUUCUUUAAAAAAUGUCUCUCCUUAUAGACGGGUUGGUUGUUUAGCAACAAAACUGACACUUGCGCAACUAUGGGGCAAACAGAUGGGUUGGCUUAGAAGAUUGUUGACAUUUAAACUACAUUUUGUCUCCAAUGUUUAUUAAAAACAUAAAUACUUUGGCACAAUGAGCACUUGUUGUCUAUCAGAUACAUUGUUAUAGUUAUUUGUUAGCUAGCGAAUUUUUGCCAUAUUAGCAUUGACAUGAAAUCAGUCAAAACACCUCAAAACAAGACAUGGUAUUAAGAACAAUAUGUAACUACCUGAAACGAGGAACUUACGAUUCCCAAAAUGGCAGUUUCUCGUCAUUAGGCAGGUUUCCAUUGACCCAGGUUUAUUAGACAAAAGCAAUGUCGCAAAAUGUUUUUAUUGUGACGUGUAAUGGAAACGGCAGAUGUAGGAGACAUUUUCUAAAGAGCGACAACAUAUUUAUCCGUUCAACUGGUGGAUUUUUCUUCUAACUUUCUUUAUUGUGACAAAUGAUGAUGGAAACGGUGUUUGCCAAAUCAUUUUGUAGGUACAUGGGGCUGUCACCGCAUAAUUAUAAAGCUCCACUCCACAAUUAAUUCUAAAUGCCUAAGUCUUGCACUAUAAAAAUCAUGUUUUUUUUGCAGGACAAUAAUUGUCUGAAUUGCUUCGCCUUGGUUUUCUGGUUGGCUGGCAAGUUUCACCAUCCAAUUAUUUCAGAUACAAGUUUCACUAUGGCACGGACCGUGGCUAUAUGUUGGCACAUGAGAAGGAUUAGAAUAUGGCAUAUAUUAGUCAAUUAUUGCAUUUUAUCAAUGCUAGCUUUCGCGGGCUACCUGAGACAUGAAACAGAUAGGUGGGAGGGCAUACAGGCUGUCGCCAAUUUAUUAAUGCUCAAUUUGCCUAAAUGGGUAAUAGAAACACUUCAACCACUACAUUUUUUCAACACUGUAGGUAUUUGGGGCAAAAAAAUAAUUGGGGGGUGUGACGUCAUUACGUCCCGCUGUUUUUAUCGACAAAAUAGUUAAAUGGAAACACACCCUAGCAGGCAAUUGUCGCAUUUAUUUUGUAUGCAAACUUUCUAAAUGUCGACACAAAAUCACUGGAUAAGUUAAUGGAAACAUAGCUAUUGUUGUUAGCUAUCUGGCCAUCCAGAAUCACAACAAAACACGGACUUGUGCAUUCAUAGUCUGCAUAAUGCAGCAGUAACCCACUUUUAAUUAGAUUUCUUGCUCAUAACAAGAUUAAUGAAAGGACUGUUUUGAUUCCUCAAUAAAUAUAGAGGCUCUAUUUGUGGGAAACAUCCUAUGACUUCAUUCUGAUUCGGUGGUACAGUUGUCCUCUGGAUGUCAUAAUAGACUUAUUUAUGAAGUCAGUUUGUGUAAUGCGACCUCUACCCACUACCAGAACAACACAGUCCAACCCUCUCAUCAUUAGACAGAGCUGGAGAUAGACUUUGGUUCGCCCACUACAUAGCCUCUAUUGUACAGUAUAGUGCAGCUGUGAUGGACCAGCAUGCGGAGGGAACCUCAAUAGCAGUUGGCAAUUGCCUAAAUUCAACUAUAUUGUAAAAUGGCCAUACAGUAUAAUGGGGGGUGGAGAAGGAGUGCACGUUAACACAACUAAGGGAGAUGGAAUUUGACUAGUUCUCAAUGGCAGAUUGAAUAUGAAUGUGUAUUCCUUCAAUAGCCAUGUCCAUGAGGAGAGCAGGGUAGUAAGCAGAGCUCUGGGUUACUACGACGACAACAAGAGAACUAGCAGAUGAGGCGGAUGCAUGUCUUUCUGCAGUAAUUAGAUGGGAACUGUGCAAGUCCACAAUGACUGUGACAAUAGGCUGCAUUCACUGCCAUAGAGUAGCAGUCAAAUAGCGUAGGUACAUUGCAUUCAGAAAGUAUUCCAACCAUUUGACUUUUUCCACAUGUUGUUGUGUUACAGCCUGAAUGUUUAAAAAAAAAUGUCACUGGCCUACACACAAUACCCCAUGAUGUCAGAAGUGAAAUGAUGUUUUUGAAAAUGUUUACAAAGUAAUUAAUAAUGAAAAGCUGAAAUGUCUUGAGUCAAUACGUAUUCAACCCCUUUGUUAUGGCAAGCCUAAAUAAGUUCAGCAGUAAAAUUGUGCUUAAGAAGUCACAUAAUAAGUUCCAUGGACUCACUCUGUGUUUAACAUGAUUUUUGAACGACUAUCUUAUCUCUGUACCCCACACAUACAAUUAUCUGUAAGGUCACUCAGUCGAGCAGUGAAUUUCAAACACAGAUUCAACCACAAAGACCAGGGAGGUUUUCCAAUGCCUCACAAAGAAGGGCACCUAUUGGUAGAUGGGUAAAAAUAAAAGCAGACAUUGAAUAUCCCUUUGAGCAUUGUGAAGUAAUAAAUUACACUCUGGAUGGUGUAUCAAUACACCCAGUCACUGCAAAGAUACAGGCAUCCUUCCUAACUGAGUUGCCGGAGAGGAAGGAAACCGCACAGGGAUUUCACCAUGAGGCCAAUCGUGACUUUCAAACAGUUACAGAGUUUAAUGGCUGUGAUAAGAGAAAACUGAGGAUGGAUCAACAACAUUGUAGUUACUCCAAAAUACUAACCUAAUUAAUAGAGUGAAAAUAAGGAAGCCUGUACAGAAUAAAGAUAUUCCAAAACAUGCAUCCUGUUUGCAACAACGUACUAAAGUAAUACUGCAAAAAAAUAUGUGACAAAGCAAUUAACCUUUUGUCCUGAAUACAAAGUGUUAUGUUUGGGGCAAAUCCAAUACAACACAUGACUGAGUACCACUCUCCAUAUUUUCAAGCGUAGUGGUGGCUGCAUCAUGUUAUGGGUAUGCUUGUAAUCGUUAAGGACUGGGGAGUUUUCAGUAUAAAAAAUUAAUGAAAUGGAGCUAAGCACAGGCAAAAUCGUAGAGGAAAACCUGGUUCAGUCUGCUUUCCACCAGACACUAAGAGAUUAAUUCAACUUCAUUCAACAGGACAAUAACCUAAAACACAAGGCCAAAUCUACACUGGAGUUGCUUACCAAGAAGACAGGGAAUGUUCCUGAGUGGCUGAGUUACAGUUUUGACUUAAAUCUACUUGAAAAUCAAUGUCAAGACCCAAUAAUGGUUGUUUAGCAAUGAUCAACAACCAAUUUGACAGAGCUUAAAUAAUUUUGAAAAUAAGAAUGGGAAAAUGUUGCACAAUCCAGGUGUGGAAAGGGCUUAGAGACUUACCAGAAACUCACAGCUGUAAUUGCUGCCAAAUGUGCUUCUACAAAGUAUUGACUCAGGGGUGUAGAUUAGAUAUUUCUGUAUUUCAUUGUCAAUACAUUUAAAAAAAUGUCUAAAAACAUGUUUUCACUUUGUCAUCAUGGGGUAUUGUGUGUAUAUGGUUGAGAGAAAUCAAUUUAAUAAAUGUUGAAUUCAGGCUGUAACACAACAAAAUGUGGAAUAAGUCAAGGGGUAUGAAUACUUUCUGAAGGCACUUUAUGUAGUGUAAAAUGGGUGAGGCAAACUCAUCUGGAAUCACUAGUCAUGCUGCUCCAGUAGGAUAAUAUCUGGAGAUAACUGACAAUAGAAGACUAUACAUGUCCACACAGAUGAAAUAGAUGAAAGGGGUUUUCUUGCUGUAGGAUUUCUUGACCUCGGGAGAAGGCCCCAUUAUGUUGUGAGAUCGGACACUACCAUUUGGUUUUCUCCUAUCCCUUGGGCUGUUUGUACAGUUGGAGUGGGGUGUUCAGUGUGAGAGACAAUUUAUAGGCCUUUCACUGUCAUUCUAUCGUCUUCUCAGUGAACAGACUAAUCCAUUGACUGGACCUUAAAAGGACAAACAGGGAUUCCAGACUGCCAAAUCAGUCUAGAUUAACUAAUCUAUACACGUUUACCCUGUCUGUCAGACCUGAGAGAGCUAAACAGAUAGAAAUAUGUCAGUUAAUCAUUUAAACAGUAGGUGAAGAUUUUUGUCCGUGGUCUUUCCAUUGAGAUCUGCUUUAGCGUUCUGUCUGUCUGUGAGUGAGGAAGAUUCCUGGUAGAACUACAGUAUGUCGUCUCUCUCUCAGUGCAGGGCACCAGGGACCUGCCAAUCACUUUAGCAUGUAGGCCUGUUUCCUCAGCAGCACGUGUGGUGCGGAGCCUGCAUGCAUGUCUGCUAUGUGCUCUGCUGGCUGGCUCGGCUUUCUGUUUUGGGUCUAUGUGAAGGUCGCUAGCAUCCCCCCUCUGGUGGUUGCCACUACAAAGAGAAGGAUGUUUCCCAUGUAGCUGUAUGAUGGAGAUCACUUCCUUACAGUAGGUCCAGGGCAGUGGUGCUCUGAGGUUGUGAAGUGGUUAAUGACACACAUACAUUUUAGGAAGAUAUUAAUUCAAAUGGCACCGUAGAGAAAUUGACCAAUACAUUUUUGAUGUUGCCUUCUUUGACUAUGCAGGCCGUAGUGGGAAAAAUAUCAGAACUAUAAAUAGAUUUUUCAAACGUUGCUAGAUUUCUCUUUUAGAUCACAUUCACCAUUUUUAUAAACAUAUUUUUGAUGGAUAUGUAUUAAUCCAAUAUACUGUAUCAGCAGGCAUUAUAGGAUUAAGCUAUACAUGACUCUUCGUGCUCAGUCAAACUAAUGGAGCCUUGUUAAAGGGUGUGUCUGCUGUGGUGGUAGGCUAAAUAUGAAGGAAUGGUACAUGACUCAGCUAGCCUGGGUGCCAGAAUGUUUCUGCUUUGUUGCCAACUCAUUAACAUUUACAUUUUAGUCAUUUACAGUUUAGUCAUUUACAGUUUACAGUUAGUGAAUGCAUACAUUUUCAUACUGGCCCCCCGUGGGAAACUCCUUAUGGAAUUGUCAUGCAAAAUAUGUUUGGCUUGACAAUGACAAUGGAGUAUGCAACAACACAAAUAGAUCUGGGACCAGGCUAUGUUUCAGCUUCUGGCAAAAACUGGUUUCUAAUGAGAUUGAGUUUGAGCUGAUAUAAGCAGAUUAUGAUAUGAAAUCAAGUGUAAACUGUUUGAAAUACUGUGAGCAGCAGAGGUCCUUAUUUUCAAUCUACUGAUGCUGAAAGGACCAGAGGUUGUAAUUACACAAGUUUAAAACCGCUGAACGAGAGCAUACUUUUAGCUUAUAAUAGCACUUCUCAGAACAUUAACAUUACAGCCAUGUUUCUAUAUCCACACUUUCAUGAUAGUGAAAGAGGUACAAAAGGCCAUGCGUUUUUAUUUAAGGUUGCUUGCUAAUUUACAGCCUCUCCACAUCCUGCUGAAUUGCCUCAGAGUGAAGACCUAAUGAGUAUGGCCCAUUAUUUGAGAUGGGUGUCCUGUACUAUUCUUGACUCUUAGCCAAGACCUCCAAUUAAUGCAAUGGAUGAUCAUUUUUUCACCUCUCAUGGGGUAUUGCCUGUAGCUAUUGUACUGAAUAGUAGAAAACCGCAUUCCUGUUUCCCCACAUCUCUCCUCUUCACCAUCAUGGUCAAAGAGAAAUCCAGUCGUUAAUUUUAACAAUUGAGACAGAGAACAUGGCUGAUUUAGGAUAGGAUGGUUAUGUCUUGUCUGCUGUCCAUGUAGGAUUCACAUUAUCAUUAUGACAUUUUCCUUUGUUUUGCUAUGAUUUACUAUGGAGUAUUGUGAGCGUGUGUGUGUAUAUGUGCAGGGGCAGAAGGGGUGACUGAAUGUGUGUGCGAGAUUGUGAUUGUAUUAUGAUGCUAUAAUUGCCUAAAUGUAUGUAGGAACACGCACACACAUCAAGGAGAAUGCAUGUCUUCCCUAUUGGGAGGCUAUAGAGUUUGUAGUUUCCACAGAACGUCAGAAGCAUCCCCCUGGUGGCCACUCACAGUCCCAGUCACUGUCAUCAGUGUUUUACAGCUAGGACUGUACCACGUCAAGAUCCAAAACAGGGGUGUUCCACAGUUAGAGCUGUACUAUGUCAGGAUCCUGUAGGGUGGUUAGAGCAGCGUUGCCAUGGUGAGGGAGCCCAGGGAGUCACAUUUGUCUGCCUAACAAUGUGAACACAGCAUGGAUGCUUCUCACCAGCAAAACACCUGUCACUACACAAUACCAGUCCACAGUCACAACAGUGUGUUCACACUGGAAUACAAAAGGAUUAUAGGCCUAUGGUUUGUUAAAAGUCAAUGCUUUUUAUGAGUGCCUUUAUUCAGUAAAGUAUAAUUCUAUCUUUGGGAAAUCAAAGUUAAGUUUAAUUCAAGAACUGGAACUUUCAUAUUUAUUUUCAGAGAGGAAAAGCUUUGGGAUAUCUCAAGGGAAUAAGACACAACAGUUUGACAGUGAUACAUGGGAUAUGUGACUGCAUUGUGUGUCUGACCAUAGUGACUGAUGUGAUAUCCCCACAGACCCAGAGUCUCAGAGGAAACGCACGGUGCAGAACGUCCUUGACCUCAGACAGAACCUGGAAGAUACCAUGUCCAGUCUACGGGGAGCCCAGCUCAGCCAUGGGUGAGUGCAUUACCAUACAUUGAAUUCAUAGAUUAUAGUAGGCAAUAAUGGGGUGUUUCUGAUGCCACGUACUGGUGUGAAUGGGGCAUAACGUUAAAGAGCAUUCUCAAAACCCAGAAUAUCCUUUUAUUUAUGUAUGUUUCUUUCUUUUAAAGUUCCAUCUGCACAAACAUUACUUGCCACCCACACAUUACCUUUCAACUGUAUAGUGCCUUCGGAAAGUAUUCAGACCCCUUGACCUUUUCCACAUUUUGUUACGUUACAGCCUUAUUCUAAAAUGCAUUAAAUAAAUACAAAUCCUCAGCAAUCUACACACAAUACCCCAUAAUGACAAUGUGAAAAAAGGGUUUUAGAAAUUUUAGCAAAUGUAUUACAAAUAAAAAACAGAAAUACCUUAUUUACAUAAGUAUUCAGACCACGUGCUAUGAGACUUGAAAUUAAGCUCAGGUGCAUCCUAUUUCCAUUGAUCAUCCUUGAGAUGUUUCUACAACUUGAUUGAGUCCACCUCUUCCUAGAGCUGGCUGCACGGCUAAACUGAGCAAUCGGGGGAGAAGGUCCUUGGUGGUAGAGUUCCUCUGUAGAGAUGGGAGAACCUUCCAGAAGGACAACCAUCUCUGCAGCAUUCCACCAAUCAGGCCUUUAUUGUAGAGUGGCCAGACGGCAGCCACUCCUCAAUAAAAGGCACAUGACAGCCCGCUUGGAGUUUGCCAAAGGGCACCUAAAGACUCUCAGACCAUGAGAAACAAGAUUCUCUGGUCUGAUGAAACCAAGAUUGAAAUCUUUGGCCUGAAUGCCAAGCGUCACGUCUGGAAGAAACCUGGCACCAUCCCUACGGUGAAGCAUGGUGGUGGCAGCAUCAUGCUGUGGGGAUGUUUUUCAGCAGCAGGGACUGAGAGACUAGUCAGGAUCGAGGGAAAGAUGAACGGAGCAAAGUACAGAGAGAUCCUUGAUGAAAACCUGCUCCAGAGCGCUCAGGACCUCAGACUGGGGCGAAGGUUCACCUUCCAACAGGACAACAUCCCUAAGCACACAGCCAAGACAACGCAGGAGUGGCUAGGGGACAAGUCUCUGAAUGUCCUUGAGUGGCCCAGCCAGAGCCCAGACUUGAACCUGAUCGAACAUCUCUUGAGAGACCUGAAAAUAGCUGUUUAGCAACGGUCCCCAUCCAACCAGACAGAGCUUAAGAGGAUCUGCAGAGAAGAAUGGGAGAAACACCCCAAAUACAGGUGUGCCACGUUUGUAGCGUCAUACCCAAGAAGACUCGAGGCUGUAAUCGCUGCAAAAGGUGCUUCAACAAAGUACUGAGUAAAGGGUCUGAAUACUUAUGUAAAUGUGAUAUUUUAGUUGUUUAUUUUUAAUAAAUUUGCAUACAUUUCUAAAAACCAGUUUUUGCUUUGUCAUUAUGGGGUAUUGUGUAUAGAUUGAUGAGGAAAACAAACUAUUUAAUCAAUUUUAGUAUAAGAAUGUAAUGUAACAAACUGUGGAAAAAGUCAAGGGGACUCCUGAGUGGCGCAGUGGUCUAAGGCACUGCAUCGCAGUGCUACCUGUGCCACUAGAGAUCCUGGUUCGAAUCCAGGCUCUGUCGCAGCCAGCCGCGACCGGGAGACUCAUGGGCGGUGCACAAUUGGCCCAGUGUCGUCCAGGGUAGAGGAGGGAAUGGCCGGCAGGGAUGUAGCUCAGUUGAUAGAGCAUGGCGUUUGCAACGCCAGGGUUGUGGGUUCGAUUCCCACGGGGGGACAGUAUAAAAAAAAAAAUGUAUUCACUAACUGUAAGUCGCUCUGGAUAAGAGCGUCUGCUAAAUGACUAAAAUGUAAAUGUCUGAAUACUUUCCGAAUGCACUUUAUGUCAUUGUUUAAUUGGUUCAGCAAGAUACUGUACGUGUACACAUAGAAGAAAGCUAUGGAUUUGUUUGAGAAAUGUGAUAUACUCAUACACACAUGAAACACAAUGGACAGGUCGAUAGAGUACACACAAGCAUGUUUACACAACUCUCCUCCUUUAUGUCUUCUUGGUAUCUUGCCACCUGGUAUACAUAUGCUGUCAAUCCCUCUGAAACAGACUGUUUUUGUUUCAUGACCAUCACAUUCUGGGAAACCCUUUGUCCAGUAUUAGUUUCAGACGGUCUCUAUAAUGAUGAGACACAAACAAUAACAGAAAACACCAGAGACUAACCACACAGGAUAUUGAAGAAACUGGACAGAAACCGAAACGUUCGUUAACAAAAAGUUAUUUUGCAUUCAAAGCCUGUAUACCUUCCAUUUUUGCCUGCUUCUUAAAUCCAGCUCAGUAGUAUGUGAUCUGCCUACCAAUAUUCCUGUUGCUAUUUGGUCUCUCUUUGAUGUGUGUGGUGUUCAUGUCCGAGGGGAUUCCAUCCCAGAUCUGAGCUCUGAAUUUCCAUAGCCCUGGCCUCUGGAGACUGACAGACACCUCAGUAACUUGACACAUCUAAAAACUCAUGCUUUUCAACCUGGGCCACCAAACCUCUAGCAGGGUUUCCCAAACUCGGUCCUGCCCUCUAGGGCAGGGCUCUCCAACCCUGUUCCUGGAUAACUACCCUACUGUAUGAUUUCGCUCCAGCCCCAGUUGUAGCUAACCUGAUUCAGCGUAUCAACCAGCUAAUAAUUAGAAUCAGGUGCACUAGAUUAGGAUUGGAAUGAAAACCUACAGGACGGUAGCUCUCCAGGAACAGGGUUGAAGAGCCCUGCUCUGGAGCACAAAUGGACUGUAGGUACUGUAAAUAAUAUCCACAUACAGUACUACUAGUAAAUCAUUAGCUUCAAAUGACUUAACUUUCUGCGUACAGCAUGUUUUUUUAAUAGCUCAAUGACCGGCCGUAAUUCUGUUACUAGUUCAGCUCCCUGUCAUAACUCCCAAACAUAUACCCUAAUGUAUGGGAUCGUUUGAUGUGCAUCCAUGAGUUUAAACUAUCUAUAUUGAAGUUAAACUACAUUUCAAAACUCUCAAGGAAGUACCGUCCUACUCUGAGCUAAUGUAUCAUUCCAAUGAAGCAUUGUGGGAGUCGGAAUGUAUUCCUGAGGCAGUAAUAGUUAACAGUCCCUGUUGAUUAAUUAUCCAUCUACAGAAGUACAGAAAUAGCAGGAGGAAAGAAACACCCACAUGGUCUCAGGCAGGCAUUGCAUUAUUCAUCUGGGCUGGUUGGUGCAUCUGGUUAUGUAAUCGCCAGACUCAGCAGAAGCUCCUCGCCAUUGGGAGGGCAUUGCAAAACCUGACCAAUUUAGAGAACAGACUAGAACGACACUCUAGUCUAAACUCUCUCUUGGACAACAGGCUAUAACUACUCUCUAGUCUAAAGUAGAACUACUCUCUAGUCUAAACUAGAACUACUCUCUAGUCUAAACUCUCUCUUAGACAACAGACUAGAACUACUCUGUAGUCUAAAUUAGAACUUCUCUCUAGUCCACAUUGGUUCACCUUUCACUGGCUAAUGCAAUGACCCAGAGUUUUCCCUGGUCAGGUCAUGUAGUCAAGAAAAACUCCUUGCCCGAGCAAUCCUACAUUUUUUUCUGUUGUGUGUGAUUUAUGUGCUGAUUACCUUUGGUCUGUAAAUCCCAGCUGGUAAUGAAAUUGUGACCAUAUUGCUGAGGGUUAUGAAUGAUCCCGUCAAAGGGAGAGAGGGGACAAAUUACUUUUCUCUGUUCACACAAUGAUGCUAUGUCCUUAUACUAUAGCAAGCAACUUGCCCUUGAGUUCUGAGACGCCACCCAUUCUUUAUUGUAGUCGCUGAAGGCUGAGAGUGAAUGUUACAGCUGUAUCUGGGUCAGCAGAGACUAUAUGUCAGGACAGAUUUAUUUAAAGGCCCGCUGACUGAGAGAGAAAAAAGGAAAGAUAAUUUAUUUCUCUAAUUCUCUCUCUAUGAGUCCCUCAAACUCUUAAUUUAUCCUAUCUCUCCUUCUGUCUUCUCAUUCAUUCCAUUUCUACCAUACUAUAACCCCUCUCUCUUCCUCUCCUCUCCCCAGCUGUUUGGAGAGCAGUAAUGUUUGCUACGACAGUGACGAGAACAACGCCCGCAGCAUGUCCAGUCUGUCCAAUCGCUCCUCUCCUCUCUCCUGGCGCCAUGGCCAGUCCAGCCCCCGGCUGCAGGCUGGAGAUGCCCCCUCGUCCACGGGUAGCGGCGUGUAUCAGGGGGGUAAGGCUGGGUCCCAGUACACGGCCCACACCAUGCCCGCCCGAGUCUCCAGCCGUCUCAGCCACUCCUCCCGAAUUGAGCUCAUCGAAGGGCUAGAUGUGGACGAUGCUGACCUCAAGUCUGGUUACCUGAGCGACAGCGACCUGCUGGGAAAGAGCAUGCCAGAGGAUGACGACGACAACCUGGCUAAUGGGUAAGGGGCCAUAGCAGGGGUGUCAAACUCAAUCCAUGGCAGGCCGAGUGCCUGCUGGUUUUUGUUAUUUCCUGUUUUUUGUUGUUUCUUUUGUGGGCAAUGAAGACCUAGACAACCAGGUGAGGGGAGUUCCUAACUUAUCAGUGACCUUAAUUGAUCUAUCAAGUACAAGGCAAGAGUGAAAACCUGCAGAAAUUCAGCCCUCCUUGGUAUGAGUUUGACACCUGUGGUCUAUUCUAUUGUCUAACUCAGGGUUCUCCUACUCUGGUUGUGUGGAGCUACUGGGUAUUUGUGCAGGCUUUGGAUCCAGUUCUGCAGUAACACUCACUUUGCAUCCUACUGUACAAUUAUCUUUGAUAUAGUCCUUGUGGAUACUACGGAUGGUUGUUAUCACUUGGUCCUACAACUUACAUUAUAUCAUGAAACAAGCAUCAAUCAAGCAUUGAUUUGGAUUAGAUUUUUAAAAAAUGGAGUUUGCACUGUGCUUGGAGUAACCCUUUCACAGUGCUGUCCUCAGCAGUCCAGGGCUCCAGACUGCAACCAUUUAGUCACAUUUUGAGACCCUUUAACUUGGCUGUGCGAGCAACAUUUUGAAUUGAUCACACUGGUGCAAGCUACACAUUCUACCUGGUCAUCUCAAUAAAAACGUCCUCUUUUUGGGGCGGAUAAAACCAUGAAUUUGUUAAACAGUAGAAUGCAUUAUUCUCAUUAUUCCUGUAAUAAAAGUGUCUCCCCUGCCGCUGUGCCUGCCUGUUUCGCUGGGGCCGGCUGCUGUAAUGAGUGCCGAGCAAGCUUCUUACACUCUCUCUCCCACCUCGUGUGCCCCUCGGGAUUGUAUAACAUUUCAAAAUGCAAUUGUGUGGAAAACUAGUUCAAGUGUCCAAAACUAGUUCAAGUGUCCAUAUUAAAUAGACGAGGGUCUCCGCUUUCUGUAGGUAUGAUUUUUAUUUCUCAAAGAUUAUUAUUGAGCUCAAAGCACACUGUUUUACUAUCAAGAUAUCUGAUAUGGCUUUGAAAUACGGAGCGCACGAAAUUGGGCAUCUGCCAUCGCAAGUGCACUAGGCCUCAUUGUAAAGUUUUUUUUUAGGACAUUUACAUUUAGUGUUCGAUUAGUACAUGGCAACUAGCAGUAGGUGUUAUAUUUAGAGUUAGUUUUUUGAGUUUCCACUUCCUUAGGUGGUGAAUUAGCACCAAUUGAAUUAGGUCUAUAUAUAAUAUUAGUUCACAUAAAGAUGAAGGCAAAUUCUUCUCUAUUGAACAGUAAAAUAAAACAAAAAUAGCUUAAUUGUCAACCCAAAAAUCAUGACACAUCAAAAUAUUUUGAAUCAUGCAUUCCUGCUUGGACAUGUUAGAUGUAACAACUUAAUUAUUGCAUACCAUCUCAGUGGUCUAUUACAUUCUUAAUAAAGCACUGUUAAUAACUUUAUAAGAUGAUGACUCAAAUGUAUUCUAUUGUGUGACGCUGCAAUUUUUUUUCUCAUAGCCUGAAAAAGUUGGUGGCACCAGGGGAAAAUGUUAGUCUGGAGCCCUGCAGUCUGUCUAGUGUAACUCGCUUGUUCCUGAAUGGGUCUAUUAUGGCUUCAUGCAGCAACCAUGUCGCCUUCUUCUCAGUCUGAUUCUGCUGAGGUGGAUCAGAUUUUUUUUUUUUACAUUUUUGCUGUGUAGAGUGUACCCUUACAAUAAAGUCCUGCAGGAUUCCUGUAGGAUUGUUUGUGAGGUGAGCUGUGAUGAGUAGAGACUUGAAUGUGAAUCAUCAGGUAUUAUUCUCAGCGUAGUUAGCUGGUUUUACUAAACAGGUUUCCAUCCAACCUUUUUAAGCAAUUCACGUACAUGUCGGAUCAAAAAAUUCACGACAGGCCUGAUGGAAACAGCAAAGAUCUGAGUGGGCACUUUCGCUAUAUAAUGCAAAAUGUUUUGUGACAAUGCGUUGUGACAAUGAGUUGAAAAUGCGAUGGAAACCCAUUUAACUUGUAUUUUAUAUUUGGUUCAAAAGUUAUUUUUAUGUCCACUAAGUCAUCACGCACAGCCUUUUAUUUGCAACAAGUCCAUUUGAUGGAAACAAAUAUAUGGUGGGAAAAUGUGCAUAUAAUUUUUAUGCAUAUUUUAUAUAUUUGCAUGGACAUCUGUUGCCAAUUGGAUGGAAACAUAGCUACUAAUGCGAAUCCCCCUCUGGCUGAAACUCAUUGUUCUGUGAAAAAUAUUGUGCUGUGGUUGUGUUUGUGUGUUUGUGUGUGUGUGUGUGUGUGUGUGUGGCAACUAGUGAUUAAACACGUGCAAACACAAGGCUCUAAACAAGAGUCUAGAGUCCAGAGUAAUUCCAAACUCGCAGCUUCACUAUUCCGUCUCUGUUCCUAGCCAUUCCAAGAACUAGGGGAAUUAUCUGCUGAAACAAGACAUUUUGUCUGACCUGGAAUCUUCCAUUUUGUAGAAAAGUAAGAUGUCCGAAUGGCAGGAAAACCAAAAGUGGAUCUCUAAAUGGGUCUAAAUGAGUUCAGAUCACGUCUGAGUCUUGCAGUAAUGUCGUUCAUUACCAGCCCCCCUGCUGAGCUGGCUGUCAUUCACACCCACAUCUCACUGCAGAGACGGAGGAGGGUGUAACUGACACAAACGCACACAGAGCCCCUCCAGUCAGUGCCUGCCUCUCCACUAAAUGGGAUUUAGCAAGUCACUUUGUGCUACCAACAACUUAAGCAGAAAGGACUGAAGUAAAAAAUGACAUUACUACCCUCCUUUUUUUUCCUUCUUUUUUUUUGUACAUUUAAAACCCACUAACUAACUAACUGCCAUUAGCAACUGUAACCUACCAAUCAAUGCCAUGGUAGGGCAUCAGUCUGAUCCUAGGUCAAGGUGUCAAGGACAGGCGUGGCAGGUGUUCUGAGAACCAGGAGGAGAGCCACAGCAUUAUCUCCUUUCAUGCCUCAUUUAACACUUGUUUAACAGUCUCUUUCUCUCUCUCAAUCUCUCUUUUUGCUCCUCUCUCUCUGCCCCCCCCCCCCCCCGCUCUCUCUCUCUUCCUUUGUGUCACAUCCUCUCUCUCUCUCUAAUUCCCUCUCCCUAGUUGA